AUGGAGUCUUCUUCAGUUUCCGCGGUGGAAAGUCAGCGCUUCAUCUUGCUGCCGCUCUACAUCUAUCCUGACACAGCCGCCUGGGAACCUCUCUUUUCCGCUGUCCUGAGACAUCCAAACCUUCAGUUCACCGUGGUCGUGAAUCCAGCAAAUGGUCCAGGGAACCGCCAUGCAACGGACGCCAAUUACACCGCUUCCCUGCUCCGGCUCUCCUCCCUGGCAAACGUCACAAUUCUCGGAUAUGUCUACUGCAGCUACGGGGAGCGCCCCUUGGAGGCGUUGAAGCUCGACAUCAAGACGUACCGCGGAUGGUGCGGCGAGCAAAGCAUACAGGUAGACGGGAUCUUCUUCGACGAGGCACCAUCGGGUGCGGAGCUGGUGGAGUACAUGGCAGAGGUAGCGGAGAACGCACGGGAGACACUCGGGGAUGUGGCGAGAGGAGGCGCAACAACAGUCAUCUACAACCCGGGAGUGUUUGUUGACCAGGCGUACUACUGCUCUGCCGAUUACAUUGCCGUUUUCGAGAACAGGGUGGCCGCGUGGGACUCGGCCUAUGUGUACAGCAACUUGGACGGUCUUCCGGACGAUCUUCGCGCCCGGUCGAUUGCGAUCGGUCACAGCGCGGGGGACACGAGCAUGCAGAUGCAUUUUGCUGAGCAGGUGGCUUGCGAGGCCGGAUUUGCGGGCCAUUUCGCCACUACUGUUGGCGGGUAUACGCAGUGGUGCCCGAACUGGGCGGCAUAUGUGCGCAGGGCGGGUUGCUGGGCUGAGGCCGAGGACUGA